AUGGAACCGUACCUCGCACACUCGGUGGCUAAUAAUAAUAAACCACGAACCAAAGUUUCGGGAAAAAUCUUUCAUCAUCCAAAUCGCGAAGGUGUGAAAGUUAAUAGUGGUUUACCGUACUCAAAUCAAGGUGGGUAUGAGGGUUAUUCAUCACAAGGUGCUGUGUCCAGAGGCUACGAAAGGCGAUCAGGUUCAGCAGGAUCGGGUGCACGACGUUCACCAGGAUCGGGUGUACGGCAUUCACCAGGGUCGGGUGUGCGGCGUUCAACAUCAAGUAUUAAUAUUACAAAAACUAUCACUGAGACCGAACCUCGUCAUAAUCACCGUUCAACAGGAAGACGACACCAUCAUGGCCAUUAUACAAAAAUUAGACGACACCAUUCCUAUGUUGAAAAUACUGAUUUUGGUCAAGAUUUUAUUUUUAUUGAACGUGAUGGUCGUCAAAGGCCACCACAUGGUUAUGAAUAUAGAGGAAAAUUAGAAAUUAAGGGUGCAAGUACAAGACACGUAUAUCGAACUCAUGUUCCUGAACAGAUUCGCUAUAUUCAAUCGCCACCUAUUAUUCAACAGGUUCCCGUUCCCUACAUUCAACAUGUACCCGUUCCUCACACUCAACAUGUUCCCGUUACCCAAAUUCAACAUGUUCCAGUUCCUUACAUUCAACAAGUUCCCGUUACCCACUAUCAACAGGUUCCAGUUCCUUACAUUCAACAAGUUCCCGUUACCCACUAUCAACAGGUUCCAGUUCCUUACAUUCAACAGGUUCCCAUUCCCUACCUUCAACAGGUUCCUAUUCCCUUCCCUCAACCUGUUCCUUAUCAACCACCAUGCAAUACUUGUGGGUUGGGAUGCUAA